UAUUCACAAACCACACCACAACACAACACAACCUCAACAUGGCUACCCCUCUGGUUUUGCAGGUUACAAGCGUGGUUCUGGUGCUGAUUCUAGGUUUUGGAGAGAUUAUUCCGUUGGCAGAAGCAGAGAUUCCAUGUGGGUCGGUGCAAAUAACUGUGGCACCAUGCGUAGCCUACCUAACGGGUCCUGCCGGUAGACCAAUCCCAGCACCAUGCUGCAACGGUGUGAAGCGCAUCAACGACCAAGCCAAGUCCACCCCAGAUCGACGAUCGGUCUGCACCUGCCUCAAAAACACUUCUUUGAGGAUUCCUGGACUCAAUCUCCCACGCCUUGCAGCCCUCCCUACCAAUUGUGGGGUCAACUUGCCCUACAAGAUCAGCCCCAACAUCGAUUGCAACAAGGUAACUUGAGCGGCUCGCACAAGGGUUCAUCAACCCUUGGUGAUGAUAAAUACUUAUUCGGCAAUAAUAAGCAACAGAGAGGGAAUAAAGAUGGUUUAAGUUCCUCCAUUGUCUGAAUCCCCCCGCUAGGGAGAGUAUUUUAUGCUAUGGGUGAUGAACUCCAUCUCCAUCAAUGUUAUAACCUUGUUGUUUGUCCAAUGAGAUAUUGGAUUUUCUAUAUAUUUAUAUUUACAUAUCA